UUAGCCAGUAUAUAAAGCAUAACCAUCCAUUACAAAAUUCGCAAGUUCCCUGAACAACCUCUCAUUCUUCCACAACAAUUCUGUUCAGCUUAUCUAAAUUUUCUUGAGUAAAGAAUAUGAGCAGGCCAGGAGAUUGGAACUGCAGGUCAUGCCAGUACCUGAACUUCCAGAGGAGGGAUUCAUGCCAGAGAUGUGGAGAUCCACGACCUGGUGAAAGAGGUGGUGAUUUUAUGGGAAGAGGGAAUUCGUCAUUUGGGUUUUCAUCAGGCCCUGAUGUAAGGCCUGGAGACUGGUACUGCAGCUUUGGAACCUGUGGUGCACACAACUUUGCCAGCCGCUCCAGCUGCUUCAAGUGUGGUGCACUGAAAGAUGAAUCCUCCGGUGGUGGCUUCGAUGGUGAUCACAUGCCUCGACAGAGAGGUUUUGGGUUUGGUGGUGGAAGUAGUGGAGGGCGCUCUGGAUGGAAAUCUGGUGACUGGAUUUGCACCAGGUCAGGAUGCAACGAGCAUAAUUUUGCUAGCAGGACAGAAUGUUUCAGAUGCAGUGCACCAAGAGAAUCCGGCAGCAGGUCUGCGUAUUAAUUCUUCAAGAUUCUCCAUUUUUGGGUUUGGAAUCUGAGAGAAUCAAGAAAGAUCGAUCCUUGACGUGCCAGAUGAUGUUGCAACCAAAUUUUCCUAUCCCUACCAUUUCCUACUUUUGCAGCUUUGAGUUUCCAUACUUUUGUCUAUCAUCUUCUUGUCAUGUAGGAGCUUUAGACGAAUGAUGGUUGAGAAAUUCAUGUUUAGCAUAGCUAUAUGUCCUUGUUUGCGGUAUUAGUAGUAGUAGUCCUCGUUAGUUAGUCAUAGCCUUGUACUUCUUGUUGCUUCAAUCUAAAUUAAGUGUGUUCAGAGAGUGUCAACCUUGGUACUACUAUUUGAUAUCAAGUUCCCUAAUGAGUUUUAAUUACUUAGUUAA